AUGGGAAAAUUCACAGGAAAAAGGGCCUUAGUGACCGGGGCUGGAGCAGGCAUCGGCCGAGCGCUUGCCAUCAAGUUAGUGGAAAUGGGAGCAGAAGUUUUUGCUUUGAGCAAGACGGCUGCCAAUCUGGAGAGCUUGAAAGCAGAAUGCCCUGCUUUGACAACCGUUUGUGUGGAUUUAUCUGACUGGACUGCUACACGAGAAACUGUAAAGAAACUAACACCAAUCCACCUACUUAUCAAUAAUGCUGCGGCUGCUGUGCUGGACCCUUUCCUCACGGCAACUCCGGAAAGCUUCGACAAACUGUUUAACAUCAACGUGAAGGCCAUGAUGAACGUGUCGCAAGUAGUGGCGGGAGAUUUGAUCGUGCGCGAACAGCGUGGGUCGAUUGUCAAUGUCUCCUCUCAAGCCGGGCAACGCGCCCUUCGGGACCACACCGUUUAUUGCUCUACCAAGGGAGCUGUAGACAUGAUGACGAAGGUAAUGGCUCUAGAAUUAGCCCCGAAAGGAGUGCGUGUCAACGCGGUGUCGCCAACGGUAGUCAUGACGGAUAUGGGACGCAUAGGAUGGUCAGAUCCCGCGAAGGCUGGUCCCAUGUUGGCCAGGAUUCCUCAGGGAAGAUUUGCAGAAGUGGACGACGUGGUGAAUGCCAUCAUAUAUCUUCUGUCCGACGAAAGUGAUAUGGUGAAUGGACAUCUGCUGCCCGUAGAUGGAGGGUUUUUAGCAGCUUAAUUUAUGUAAAUGUCACGAUAGAUUUGUUAUUUACGGAAAUCACUGCCGCAUAGCUUCCGUUGUUUUUAUCCAUUUCGAAAAUAAACAUACUUGGAUUAUGUAUUAGCCCAUAUUAGUGGUUAACUAAAAAACCGCGAGUCUAAUUAGAAAGAAUUUAAAUAUAUGUUAUGUUACUUUAGUAAAUAUUGACUUACA